GUCAUUCAUUUUUCAGAGUGAUUAUUUAGACUUUUAGUUACUGGGUUUUGUAAUAGAUUCAAAUUUUAGAAGUUCUAACUGGUUUUUGGAUUAACUUUCACUUCCGGGUAUUGCUUCAAGUCUAUAAUUUUUACUCACAAUUUCAAUCCUUUUUGGGUCUAAUUUUUGAGGGGGGUGGGUGGUAUUUUGAUCAAAGAAAGUUCAGGUCUUUCGAACCAUGAUUUUACUGCACAAUGGGUGCAUUCUGUUUAAGUUGUACCUGAUACUCGGCAGGAAAUCUAGUGUUAACAAAAGCUUCUAUUUUUGGAUUUUUCAGAUUUUUAAUAGAUACAGUAAAAGUUAAUUAGCCUUCAUAUAUACCUCUGUUGUCUGCCUAUUUUUUUUCGCAGCUCUGCAUUUUGUUUAAUUUCUUUAGCAAUACUAGCAGUGACAAAGGAUUAUACAGAUAAGAGAGUUGUAUAAUGGGAGGUGCAACGCUGCCUCCAGGUUUCAGGUUCCACCCUACUGAUGAGGAACUAGUGGGAUAUUACUUGAAAAGAAAAGUAGAAGGGCUCGAAAUUGAGCUCGAAGUGGUUCCCGUGAUCGAUUUGUACAAAUUUGAUCCUUGGGAGUUGCCAGAUAAAUCUUUCCUUCCUAAAAGAGAUAUGGAGUGGUUCUUCUUCUGUCCCAGGGAUCGGAAGUACCCAAAUGGCUCAAGAACAAAUAGAGCCACCAAAGCUGGCUACUGGAAAGCCACUGGAAAAGACCGCAAGGUUGUUUGUCAAUCUGCAGUUACUGGUUACAGAAAGACCCUGGUUUUCCAUCGUGGACGUGCUCCUUUAGGAGAUAGAACAGACUGGGUUAUGCAUGAAUAUCGCCUCUGCGAUGAUCUUUCUCAAGGAUCACAAAAUGUUCAGGGAGCUUAUGCUUUGUGCCGCGUGAUCAAAAGGAAUGAGCAAGGGCAGAGGACGAGUGAUCCAUAUGGAGAAUCAAAAGGCAAGAGGGCUGGAAGCAGUUCGACCUCAACAGGAAUCUCGAUCGAGCCUUUGAGCAUCUCCGAUGACAAUUCAUCAUCUCAAGCAGGUUACCUAUACAAUGAGAGUCGUUAUUCUAGCCCAAAUAUGUCUCCUAAUGAAGUUACUCCAGUGGCAGAUUUUGAGCCUGCAGCUCCCCAGGCAAAUAAUAUUCCAUCAAGCUACUGGGUCUCACCUGAUCUAAUCCUUGAUACGUCAAAGGAAUACCCACAAGUUAAUGAAGCUAUAUCUGAAUACUUCUCACAGUAUGAGAUGCCAAACUCAAUGACUCUAUGGCAGCCAUAUGAACAUAGGGAAUUCUCAUCAAGUUCUUCCUACCCAAACUUUGCUGGGGAUAUUGAGCCCUCGGAUGAUCUCAGUCAUAUUGGCUACAUGUCCCAUAAUUUAGGGCAAGUAAACUACAUGGGUUUUAACGGUGAAGACCUAAAAGACGAAGGGUUUGAACCACAGGGCCAAGCCCCAUUUUGCAGGCAAGCAAGUGGAGAUGGGGUUUGGGAGAAUAGGGUGGUCUUUGGUUACAGGAAGACAAUUUGAUGAUCGUUAUCUAAGGGCAUGCCCCGACUAGUGUCAUCUAAAAGGAAUAUCCAAGAACACGCCUUUUAAUGUUGGCUCUUGGAGUGACAAAUAAUCUCCUUUCCUACUUAUUAAGUCAAUCUGUUAAUGUUGUCAAGAAUGUUUAUUAUGUUCUGUAUCAGAGCUGUUUUGAUGCUCAGUGUUGUUUCAUUCUGGUGUUUAUGCUGUGAGUAAGCAGAAGGAUCUCCUGGUGCAAAUCACUUUUAACAAAUGCACCCGGAGUAGGUUUGAUAUAAGUUUGGUUAAUAAGCUUCUUGCAGCGUAUACUGGUGGUUGUGUAAUCGAAUGUAUGUUAUGUUUUUCCUAGUUUAUAUAAAAGGUAUCUUUGUUUCAGACUUUCA